GUGUCACCCCUGUUGAUGCGACGCCAAGCCAGCCGUACACCGAGUGCUACAGAGUGGUGUUGGAUGGCUCUGUGGUGGGCUGGGUGGAGCGGGAGCUGGCUCCUGGGAUUGCAGAAACUCUCCGCCGUUUCAAGAUAACGCAAGAGAAGAGGUUCCCGGCGCGGGCAGAAGUGGUCCUUAUCCCAAUGACGGGAAAACCCAGUCUGUAUCCCGGGUUGUUCAUUUUUACUACCCCUUGCCGAAUGGUGCGGCCUGUCAAAAACCUGCUCUAUGGAAGGAACGAAUGGAUUGGCACUCUGGAACAGAUCUUCAUGAACGUGGCCUCACUGGAGUCGGAGGUAGUGCCUGGAAUGAGCACUCACCAGGAGCUCUUCCCUCACAGCAUUCUGAGCGUGGUGGCCAACCUCAUCCCCUUCUCCGACCACAACCAAAGCCCACGAAACAUGUACCAGUGCCAGAUGGGAAAGCAAACCAUGGGCUUUCCAGUUUACAACUACAAGGACCGCUCGGAUAACAAGCUGUACCACCUGCACACGCCCCAGAGCCCUCUGGUGCGGCCCAGCAUGUAUGACCAUUACAGCAUGGACAGCUAUCCCGUCGGCACCAAUUCCAUCGUGGCUGUCAUCUCCUACAGCGGCUAUGACAUGGAAGAUGCAAUGAUCGUGAACAAAUCUUCCUGGCAGAGGGGGUUUGCCUAUGGAAGCGUUAUCAAGAUGGAGAGCGUUGACCUCUCCCUCAAAGCCAGCAGGGCAGGUGAUAAUUUAGUAUUUGGAGUCAGGCCUGGCGAUCCCAACGUUACAGGGAAGUUGGAUGCCGACGGACUGCCUUUUGUUGGCUCUGUCCUACAGCCUGGGGACCCCUUCUACAGCUUCAUGAACCUCAGCACAGGGGAGACAUUCACUGUGUACUACCCGAAUAAGGAAGUCGGCAUUGUGGACAACGUCAGGUUGUGCAGUAAUGACCGCGGCACGGGAAAAUUCAAGAAGGCUUGUAUCACGGUGAGGGUUCCCCGAAACCCAACUGUCGGGGACAAGUUUGCCAGCCGCCACGGACAGAAAGGCAUCCUGAGCCAGCUCUGGCCAGUCGAGGACAUGCCCUUCACGGAGAACGGGAUGGUCCCAGACAUCCUCUUCAACCCUCACGGCUUUCCCUCCCGUAUGACCAUUGGGAUGCUGAUCGAGAGCAUGGCGGGGAAGUCGGCGGCGCUGCACGGUGUCUCCUACGAUGCCACUCCCUUCACCUUCACGGAGAAGCGCUCUGCUUUGAAGUACUUCGGUGAGACCUUAGUGAGCGCAGGUUAUAACUUCUUUGGGACGGAAAAGAUGUACAGUGGCAUCAGCGGCCUGGAGCUGGAGGCAGAGAUCUUUGUGGGAGUGGUGUAUUAUCAACGCCUGCGCCACAUGGUCUCUGACAAGUUCCAGGUGAGGACGACGGGACCCCGAGAUGCUGUCACCAACCAGCCCAUCAAGGGAAGGAACGUGGAAGGUGGGAUUCGUUUCGGCGAGAUGGAGCGUGAUGCUUUGCUGGCUCACGGCACGUCUUUCUUGCUGCAAGACCGCCUGUUCAACUGCUCCGAUGGCUCCAUAGCCUACAUCUGCACGAGCUGCGGCAGCAUGAUGUCUCCUGUGCUGGAGAAACCGCCGCAGUCCUUCUCCGUGACAAGCAACAGGAGGUAUUCCUGUUCUGUCUGCAACGAGGUGGACACCAUCGAGGUCGUCCCUGUGCCCCAUGUCUUCCGUUACUUUGUGGCAGAGCUGGCAGCCAUGAACAUAAAAACAAAGCUCAACGUGGAGUAG